UCUUUGCUUCUUUCUUUUCCCCCAAUUCUCAUAUUUCAUUUAUUAACAUUUUCUUUUCUCCUUCUCCAUGGCUCCCAAAACCGUAUCCAUUGACUACCAAACCACCCGGGUCUUACCCGAACCCGAUGUCUUCAUACACUGUUCCCAAGGAACACGCAUUCCAGCUCACGCUGCCGUUCUGGCUUCGGUGUCGCCGGUUUUCGAGAACUUCAUAGAUCGGCCACGUAAGCAUCGGAGUUCCGAGAAAAUUAUCCAAAUCCACGGCGUCCCUUGCGACGCCGUCAUCGCCUUCGUCGGAUUCCUCUACUCCUCCAGGUGCACUGAGGAGGUGAUGGACAAGUACGGGAUGCACCUGCUCGCAUUGUCGCACGUGUACCUGGUGCCGCAGCUGAAACAGAGAUGCAUCAAGGGUUUGGCCCAGCGCUUGACCACAGAGAACGUGGUGGACGUGCUGCAACUCGCGCGCCUCUGCGACGCACCGGAUCUCCACCUCCGAUGCAUGAAGCUCCUCACCUAUAACUUCAAAGCGGUGGAAGCAACCGAGGGGUGGAAGUUCCUCGUCAAACACGAUCCCUGGCUCGAACUCGACAUUCUCCGCUUCAUCGACGAACACGAAACGAGGAAGAAGAAAUCGAGAAGGUAUAGGAUGGAGCAGGGUCUGUACGGAGAACUGAGCGAGGCGAUGGAGUGUCUGGAACACAUAUGCUCGGAGGGGUGCACCCAUGUUGGUCCCUACGAUUCGGAGGUGAAGAGAGAGAGGAGGCCCUGUGGCAGAUUCUCCACGUGUGAAGGGCUUCAGGUUCUGAUCCGCCACUUUGCCACGUGCGAGAAAAGAAUGGGCGGUGGUUGCGUCCGCUGCAAACGGAUGUGGCAACUAUUUCGACUUCAUUCAUACGUUUGCCACCAAACUGAUUCUUCCUGCAAGGUUCCUUUCUGCAGGCAAUUUCAGUUGAAGAUGCAGCAAGAGAAGAGAAAGGAUGAUGCUAAGUGGAAACUUCUAGCUCGGAAGGUGGCCUCAGCCAAAGUGAUGUAUUCUCUGUCUCUUCCAAAGAGGAAACGAGAUGAGGAGAUGAGAGGCACAAUAAACAAUCACGGGAUUAGAAGCUUUAAAUUACUAUGAAUAUUAGGACGAUGUGUUCCGUGUUGAUAGGGAAGUUUCUUGUUCUUGUAAAGCAGGGUUUUUGGACAGUGUAAACUUCUUGUACCUCGCUCUUUAUUAGAGGAAUACCUGAAUAGUAACUUUUGUUUCUCUCAA